AUGGCGAAGCAUGGUGAAAGAAAAUUCAGAUCCGUUAGGAGAAAAAAAAGGAAGGGUUUUUGCGGCACUACUGGGUCAAAGAAACGUCCAAAACUGACUAAAGAACCAGAUCAAGAUGGCCUUGCAGGAAGUAAACUCGAAGUUAGUGACAACAGCGACGCCAGUGAAAGUGAAGAAUUGCCCAUGGAAGUCAAUGUUUCCGCCUCAAAGCUUCAGAAUUCUUCGUUUUCGAUGUAUGAAGAGCAGGAAGGCAUUCUAACCCGUAAGAAGUCGAUAAAUGUUGGGCUCGGAGUUCCAUCAGUAAAUUGUGACAACAUUGCAAGUGGUUAUAAAAUUAAAGAUGCCACUUUACUUAGAGAUUGUAUCGCCUCAGCAGCAAUUUGCAGUUUCUGCCGCAAAUCUCAAUCAACUUUGCAACUUUUUCAGCGAGAUUAUCAGAGAGAAGGACUUGCUGAAUGUCUUUUUCUUAGAUGUUCAAAUUGUCAUCAUGAGACUGAGUUGAAAACAAGUAAGAGACUGGGAGGUGUUGGUGGAGGGGCUCAUGAAGUCAACAGGAGGUCGGUAUUGGCUUCUCAGAAACUUGGCCAGGCUGGGUUGGCUGACUUUUGUGCUAGAAUGAAUUUCUGUCCACCAGUGACCAAGAAAUCUUACAAUGAUCAUUUGAUCCAAAUUGAAAAGGCAGCUGUAGAACAUGCUAGAACUCAAAUGCAGGAUGCUGCUGGGAGGCUGUCGGAUCUGACAAAAAAUAAACAUCCUAACAGCAUUGAAGAUGAAAAUGGAACCGAAGUGGCUAAAGUAGCUGUUACAGUUGAUGGCACAUGGCAGAAAAGGGGCCAUUCCUCAAAGAUUGGUGUGGUGUUUGUCAUUUCAGUGGCAACUGGAGAAAUUCUGGAUUAUGAGGUCAAAUCUCUUGUUUGCUAUGAGUGUCGAGCUCGUGAGCAUAUGGACAGAGAUUCUGAGGAAUACAAAGCUUGGAAAGCCAGCCAUACAAAUUGCCACAUUAACCAUUCUACCAGCUCUGAGGACAUGGAGGCUUCUGCAGCAGUAGAAAUGUUUGGCAGAAGUGUAGAGAAGUUGCAUCUCAAGUAUACAACUUUUGUCGGAGAUGGUGACAGUAGUUCUUUUGGUCGAGUGCGAGAAGCCAUGACUGCAAAAUUUGGAGACAAAUAUCCUGUAGUCAAAGAGGAGGUGUGGGCCAUGUGCAGAAGAGAAUGGGUACAGCUCUCCGAAAGUUUAAAAAGGAAAUGA